AUGAAAAUUCUCACUUUCAUCCUUCUACUUGCCAUUGCAUUUGCGUUUUCAUCGGCACGAGAUUGGAGUUCAUCUGCUGCUGAUCACUGGAUCAGAGGUCGCGCAAGUGGAUGGGGUGGUGUCAGAGCAUAUCAUCCAGGAUAUCCUUCAUACCAGCAGUACGGGCAAUACGGUAAGUUCAAACUUCUUGCCUUAAGUAGUGUACGUAAUUGUAAUAUAUUUUAUAUGGUGUUAAACUUAAUUUAUCUACUUAAGGAUGGGGUGCAAAAUAAUGCGUCAUCAUGGACUACUCAAUACGACACACGAAACCUUCAAAAAUAUUCUUUAAAGAAGUAGAA